CCGUCGGGGCGGAGCUUCCGGUCGUCAGUGGAGGCCGGUGGAGAGCUGAGGCUGUAGAAUCCCUGGGACCGUGGGGCGUGCCAUGGCGGUGAACCUGAGCCGGAACGGGCCGGCGCUGCAGGAAGCCUACGUGCGCGUGGUCAACGAGAAAUCCCCGACCGACUGGGCUCUGUUUACCUAUGAAGGCAACAGCAAUGACAUCCGUGUGGCUGGCACAGGCGAGGGAGGCCUGGAGGAGCUGGUGGAGGAACUCAACAGUGGGAAGGUGAUGUACGCCUUCUGCAGGGUGAAGGACCCCAACUCUGGCCUGCCUAAGUUUGUCCUCAUCAACUGGACAGGCGAGGGUGUGAAUGAUGUGCGGAAGGGAGCAUGCGCCAACCACGUCAGCACCAUGGCCAACUUCCUGAAGGGUGCCCACGUGACCAUCAAUGCACGGGCUGAGGAGGACGUGGAGCCUGAGUGCAUCAUGGAGAAGGUUGCCAAGGCCUCUGGAGCUAACUACAGCUUCCAUAGGGAAAGUGCCUGCUUCCAGGAUACAGGGCCGCAGGCCCCAGUGGGCUCCGUGUACCAGAAAACCAACGCCGUGUCUGAGAUCAAGAGGGUUGGCAAAGAUAGCUUCUGGGCCAAGGCUGAGAAGGAAGAGGAGAACCGCAGACUGGAGGAGAAGCGAAGGGCUGAGGAGGAGCGGCAGCGGCUGGAGGAGGAGCGGCGUGAGCGAGAACUGCAGGAGGCUGCCCGCCGUGAGCAGCGCUACCAGGAACAGCACAGAUCAUCUGGACCCCCAAGCAGGACGUGUGAGGAGCAGGAGCAAGAAGUGGUUUCAAGGAGCAGAAAGGAAUGGGAGUCUGCUGGGCAGCAGGCCCCACACCCACGAGAGAUUUUCAAGCAGAAGGAGAGGGCUAUGUCCACCACCUCUCUCUCCAGCUCUCAGCCAGGUAAGCUGAGGAGCCCCUUCCUGCAGAAGCAGCUCACUCAACCAGAAGCCUCCUAUGGCAGAGAGCCAACUCCUACCGUCUCAAGGCCCGGUGCAGGUGUCUGUGAGGAGCCAGCACCUAGCAGUCUGUCUUCAGUCCAGACAGAAGAAGAACCCACUUAUGAAGAAGCCCCAGAGCAAGACGCUCUCUACGAGGAACCGCCACUGGUACAGGAGCAAGGGGCUGACUCCAUACACAUCGACAACUACAUGCAGGGCCAGGGCCUCAGUGGGCAGGGGCUAUGUGCUCGGGCCUUGUACGACUACCAGGCAGCUGACGACACAGAGAUCUCCUUUGACCCUGAGAACCUAAUCACGGGCAUCGAGGUGAUUGAUGAAGGCUGGUGGCGUGGCUACGGGCCUGACGGCCACUUUGGCAUGUUUCCUGCCAACUAUGUGGAGCUCAUAGAGUAAGGCCGAGGCCUGUCUUCCUUCUCCACCCGAAGAGGAGGCCUGAGAGUUAAUGUUUGACACUCUUCCAGGAAUGGAACUUCAGUGAGGACAAGGCUCCCUCAGCCUUGAGUGCUGUUACCCCAGAUGUAGCCGUAUCCCACUGCUCCCCCAAAUGCUUACCACAGCCUCCAGGACCUCCUACCAGACUUACACUUGACCCCAGUGGGAGUGGCGUAUUGAUCCAAGCUUAACCUGUGCCCGCUCCUGGGUGACCUCUGCCCAAGGACAGCAGCACUGAGAAGUUGGGGUCGCAGCAGGGACAUCUGCCUUUCUUUCUCCGUGUGGCUUCUCAGGGGUGGUAGCUGCAGCUGUUUCCUCGGGAAUCGUGGACUUAAGUCUUGACCACAGUCAGAGUAGAACAGGAUGAUUGUGACAGCGGGGGGUUUUCUUACAGGGCCCCCUCUCCCUCUCUGUCCCCGUGCCUGUGUUGUGACAGCGGGGGGGGGGGGGCUCUCUCCCUCUCUGUCCCCGUGCCUGUGUUGUGACAGCGGGGGGUUUUCUUACGGGGCUCCCCCUCUCUCCCUCUCUGUCCCCAUGCCUGUGUUGUGACAGCGGGAGGUUUUCUUACGGGGCUCCCCCUCUCUCCCUCUCUGUCCCCAUGCCUGUGUUGUGGGAAGGAGGGAUGGAACGACCUAGCUCCCAUCUCUGAGAAUGUGAAAAAUCGGACAUGGCAUAUAUCUUGGGUUCACUC